AUGACAGAAUCUCAAGAAACUGUUGAUAUUGAGAUUGAGGAGAGGGGUCGAGGUGCUGCCCAAACUGAAGUAAGGAAAACUCGAGGUAAAAGUAAGGUGAAGGAGGCCACCAACAUGGAGGGUAAAUUUGACCAAAUCAUCUCAAAUAUGGGUGAUCGGGUCGAAUCUCUUGAAAGCUCCUUCGAGGCGUUGGAGGGACACGCCAUCGGAAAGCUAAAAACUCUACAAGUCAAUGUCCAAGAGGUGAUGGACACGCAAACAUCGUUGGAAAAUGAUGUCCAAACGAUGAGAGAUGAUGUUCGUGCCGUGGUAGCCGGACAAGCCGCGAUGACGGAUGAUUUUGGUCGUCUCCAAACCAAAGUCUUGGAUGCCGUUACCGCUAUGCAGGGCCAAGUUAACCAAUUGGCUGUGAUGAUGGAAAGAAUGAGCAAAGAGCUUGAACAAUACAAGCACUCCACUGCCGGUACUAGCGGAGGUGACGCUUCAACUAUUGUUGCCCCGAGGAUUGAAUACCCGAAGCCUAAACAUUAUGAUGGGCGACGGGAUGCCAAAGACGUGGAAAACUUCCUAUGGCAAAUGGAAGUUUAUUUUGAAGGUGUAAAUCUUGUUAAUGAAACUAUGAAAGUCCGGACCGCUUCUAUGUAUCUUACCGACACCGCAUCUCUUUGGUGGCGUCGUAAGCAUGCCGAUGUUGAACACGGAGCUAGUAGAAUUGAUACUUGGGACGAGUUCAAAAGGGAGCUAAAAAGGCAAUUCUACCCGGAGAACGUUGUAUAUGAAGCCCGCAAGAAACUAAGGGAAUUGAAACAAAAAGGGACCAUUCGUGACUAUGUCAAAGAGUUCACGACCCUCAUGCUUCAAAUCCCUAGUAUGCCAGAGGAUGUCUUGCUAUUCUAUUUCAUGGAUGGAUGUACAACAUGGGUGCGACAAGAAUUACAAUGUCGUGGAGUCAAAAAUGUAGAUGAGGCAAUUGCGGUUGCCGAAUCUUUGACGGAGUUCCAAAGGAGUACGGAGUCGCAAGCAAGGACUUUCAAACCAACAAGAGGGAAUUUUGGCAGAGGCGGAAGUGAUAUGCGAAAAGAUAAACAACCGAGUAAGCCAAAUUGGAGGCCAAAUCCCAAAGUUGAUUACAAACCCUGUAGCAACAAGCCAACUACUUGGCGGAAGGAGUAUGAUGAUAAAAAGAGGGGUAAUUUUGCUCCUCGUGGUUGCUUCAUUUGCAAAGGGCCACAUCUCAUGCGAGAUUGCCCUAAACUUGGAUCCUUGGCCUCUAUUACGGAGACUCAACCGGAGGCUUCCCAUGGUAUUGAGGAGGGUGCAAGUCACAUGGGUUCAUUGCAACUUUUCAAUGCUUUGAAUGCCAAAACCGUUCCGGGGGUGAACGGAGAAAAAGGAUUGAUGUUUGUACUUGCCGAAAUCAAUGGACGGCAAACACGGGCAUUAGUUGACACCGGAGCCACACACAAUUUUAUCACGGAGGAUGAAGCCCGGAGGCUCGGAUUGAACAUUCACCAUGGAGGUGGAUUGAUGAAAACAGUGAAUGCAAUCGCAAGGCCAUUAGCGGGCGUAGUUCGAGGAGCGAGACUACGGUUGGGUUCGUGGCAUAGACCUGUUGAUAUAUCUGUGGCCCCGAUGGAUGAUUUCAAGCUAGUAUUGGGCUUGGAUUUCUUAAGGAAGGUUAAUGCUAUUUCUAUGCCUUCCUUUGGUUCGAUGUGCAUCUUGGAGAAGGGAUCUUCAUGCAUGGUUUCUACCGUUUCCAUGGGGAUGGAAACACGACAACUUUCGGCUAUGCAAUUAGCGAAAGGAUGGAAGAAAGGUGAGCCGACAUUCAUUGCUCAAUUGUCGGUUGCAACCGAAGUCACCACAAAUAAUGAUGACUUGCCAACUGUUAUUGCCAAGGUCCUUGAGGAAAAUAAGGACGUGAUGCCUAAGGAGUUGCCAAAGAAACUUCCGCCUAGGAGGGAAGUAGACCAUCGCAUUGAGUUGGAGCUUGGUGCCAAACCCCCGGCCAUGGCACCGUAUCGCAUGGCACCUCCGGAGUUAGAGGAACUUCGAAAACAACUUACGGAGCUUGUGGAGACGGGAAGGAUUAGACCAUCCAAAGCUCCCUAUGGCACCCCGGUGUUAUUCCAAAAGAAGCCGGACGGGACACUAAGGAUGUGCGUGGAUUACCGGGCACUAAAUAAGGUGACGGUGAAAAACAAAUAUCCUAUUCCAUUGAUUGCGGACUUAUUUGAUCGGCUUGGUAGCGCUAAAUUCUACACCAAGGUUGAUUUGCAAAAAGGCUAUUAUCAAGUUCGGAUUGCAGAAGGAGAUGAGCCUAAAACUAUUUGCAUUACUCGGUAUGGUUCCUAUGAAUGGCUUGUCAUGCCGUUCGGUCUGACAAAUGCCCCGGCCACCUUUUGCACCUUGAUGAACAAGAUAUUUUAUCCAUACUUGGAUAAGUUCGUAGUGGUUUAUCUUGAUGAUAUUGUCAUCUAUAGCAACACGUUGGAGGAGCAUGUUGGGCACUUGAAAAUUAUCUUCCAAGUGUUGCGGGAAAAUAAACUAUACAUCAAGAAGGAGAAAUGUUCAUUUGCUAAAGAAGAGGUGCAUUUCUUGGGACAUAUCAUCAGGCAUGGUCACUUGAAAAUGGACGGAGCCAAAGUUAAAGCAAUCAAUGAGUGGGAGCCACCUACUAAGGUGACGGAAUUACGGUCUUUCCUUGGAUUGGUGAAUUACUAUCGGCGUUUCAUUAAAGGCUACUCCUCUAGAGCGGCCCCAUUGACGGACUUGCUCAAGAAGUCUCAAAGAUGGGAGUGGACCGUGAAAUGCCAAAGAGCAUUUGAUGAUUUAAAGGCGGCGGUCAUGUUGGAGCCGGUGUUGGCCUUACCGGAUUUCAACAAAAGUUUUGAAGUUCAAACUGACGCAUCGGAUUUUGCUAUUGGAGGUGUGCUCAUGCAAGAAGGUCAUCCUAUUGCCUUCGAGAGCCGCAAGUUGAAUGAUACGGAGCGGCGUUACACGGUGCAAGAAAAAGAAAUGACGGCCAUUGUGCAUUGCUUACGGGUAUGGCGUCAUUAUCUUUUGGGUUCCCGUUUUAUGAUCAAGAUGGACAACGUGGCUACAAGUUACUUCCAAACACAAAAGAAAUUGAGCCCAAAGCAAGCUAGAUGGCAAGAUUUCUUAGCGGAGUUUGAUUAUGUGAUGGAAUACAAACCCGGGAAGGUGAAUGUAGUGGCGGAUGCACUUAGCCGAAAGGCGGAACUUGCGGCAAUUAGUCAAGCCACGGGUACCUUGUUAGAGGAAAUUAAACAAGGAUUGGAGCAUGACCCUAUGGCGAAAACAUUGAUGCAAGCCACUUGA